AGCUGAACAAACCGGCUUGUAGCCUGGCAAAAAAAAACAUAAAAACAAAAAGUCACCAUAAAGGUGCUUUUGUUGGCUACACCCUGUCUGCACGCCUUCCUGUGCAUGCCUGCAUGUGGACAGGGCAAGGGGGAGUAGGUGUGUACUGUGGGUGGAGACAGUUUUUGGGGUGGGGUUUCACACAUUCCCCAACAAGAACGCUUCCAAAGAGAGAACUCAGCGUUUCCACUCUGGCAUCACCCGAGCGAGCAGCACACCUGUGAUCCGGACAGCCUCUACCAGCACCAACAUGAGUGAAUCAGCGGAGGAGUUGGCUGCCAACCUCAAAAGCCGUAGAAAUGUCACCAUUGAGAUCACCAACCUCACCAAUAACUACUGCCUGGUGGAACCCAAGGUUUUCCUUGAAAGUGGCAGCUGCCUGAGCCCCCCCCAGCCCACCGUGCGCCCGCUGAAAACCGAGCUCUGCAACUUCAGCAAGACCAGCGCCAAAGCCAGCGGGGCUGUGGGGGUCCUGACCUACGACCUGUUUGAGAGGAGCAGCAACAGCGCCAAAGAGAGACUAGCCAUCAUGUUCUCCGUGCCCUACGACUACAACAUGUACAAGAACUGGAUGGGCUUGGCAAUCUACAACGUGGACAAGGAGUGCAACGAGGCUCUGUACAAAGAGAUGUAUUACAACAAAGAGCAGACCGGCUUUGUGAGGCAGGAGGCCCGGGGCUCGUGUCUCACGUUUGAGGGCAAGACCUUGGACCUCAAGGCCACCAUGUCCCCGAUGGGCAAGGCCGUGUUGAAGCUAGAGCUGUGGGACAAACUCUUCACCCCGAUGAUGCAGCAACAGUCCCACUGAGCCAGGGAGUCAUUUGAUGAGUAAAUCAUCCGGGUCGACACCCAUGCAUGUAGUGUUCAUCUUCUUGUGCACUGUCCCAUCCAUCAUCAUGCAAUAAACCCAGUCCGAUAUGAGAAAA